AUGGAGAGGAGGAAGAGGAACGGCCCACCGUGCGUGAGCAGGCCGAGGCAGCGCCGCCGGUUCUCGACGGUCUCGCUGCUGCUGCUCCGCCUCCGCGAGGUGGUCUUCAGGCUGAUCGCGCCGCCGCAGGCCAUCCCCAACCCCACCGCGCCGAGGCAAGCGGAGAGGCCGCCGGAGGGGCACCACCGGACUGACCCCUGCCGCAGCGAGGGCGUCGAGGACUGCAUAGAGUUCUUCAAGAGGUCGUCGGCGGGGGAGGAGACCGGCGGGGAGGCCGCCGUCGCUGCGGCGGCGCCGCCGCAGCCUUGCCGUCUAUGA